AUGUCUCUCCCGAAGACCUACCGCCGCGCCAUCUUCGCAGCCAAGGGCGAGCCGUUAACGAUCGAAGAGACGCCGCUGACGCUGCCGUCCGCCGGUGAGCUCCUAGUCAAGGUCGAGGCGUGUGGCGUGUGCUUCAGCGAUAUGUUCGCGCAGAUGGGCGUUAUGGACGGCGGGUUCCCGCUAUGCCCGGGCCACGAGAUCAUCGGGCGCGUCGCCGCUGUCGGGCCUACCUCGGGGUCGCUGUGGAAGGUGGGAGACCGCGUCGGUGCCGGCUGGCACGGCGGCCACGACAGCGAUUGCGCUGCCUGCCAGAAAGGGUGGUUUCAGAUGUGUGAGAACCAGGCUGUCAACGGCGAGACGAAGCAUGGCGGGUACGGCGAGUACUGCCUCCUCCGCUCCGAAGCGACGGUCCGCGUGCCGGAGCACGUCGACGCGGCUAAAUACGCGCCGAUCCUGUGCGCGGGCAUGACGGUGUUCAACUCGCUGCGGCACAUGAACAUCCCGGUGGGCGAGACGGUCGCGGUGCAGGGGCUCGGGGGGCUCGGCCACCUGGCGGUGCAGUACGCGGCGCGGAUGGGGUAUCGGGUGGUAGCGAUCUCGCGGGGCGCGGACAAGGAGAAGUUCGCGCGGGAGCUAGGCGCGCACGCCUUCAUCGACGCGAGCGGGCCGGCGGCGGACGUCGGCGACGCGCUCAAGGCGCUCGGCGGCGCGAGCCUCGCCAUCGCGACGGCGCCCACGGCCGACUCGAUCGCGCCGCUCGUCAAGGGCCUCGGCGUGCUCGGCAAGCUGCUCGUGCUCAGCGUGCCCGGCGACCUCACCAUAAACACCGGCGUCAUGCUCAAGAACGGCCUGUCUGUGCAGAGCUGGCCGUGCGGCCACGCGCGCGACUCCGAGGAGGCCAUCGCUUUCACCGAACUGCAGCAUAUCGACUGCAUGAUCCAGAAGUUCCCGCUAGAGCAGGCGCAGGAGGCAUUCGAGGCCAUGCUCGCAGGCACUGUCCGCUUCCGCGCCGUCAUCGUGAUAGAGUGA